AUGGCGGCGCAUCAUCCAUCACCCCCAGGGAAUAUGCAAUUGAAUCAUGCUGCUCAUAAUGGUCCUGCUCCCCCUGGGAUGCCUCAACAGCAGCCAAAUUGGCAGGCUCCCGCACCAACACCAAUGCAACAGCUUGCUGCCACGAAUGAGACAGUAUGGCUUCAAAUCGGAAGUCUAGCAGAGCUCCUAGGCAAUUUGGAUGAGGCUAUGGGCUCAUAUGAACAUGUACUUCGCACGAAUCCAAGAUCUAUACCAGCGAUGAAUGCCAUCAGUUCUAUCCUUCGCGCGCAAGAACAAUUCGCCAAAGCAGUUGAAUAUCUACAAAAUAUCCUCAAGUUCGACCAGGCUAAUGGAGAAGUAUGGGGCAGUCUUGGGCACUGUUAUCUAAUGAUGGAUGAUUUACAACAAGCGUACUCGGCAUAUCAGCAAGCUCUAUAUCAUCUUCGGGACCCUAAGGAGCCAAAACUUUGGUAUGGUAUCGGAAUACUAUAUGAUAGAUAUGGUUCUCUUGAACACGCCGAGGAGGCAUUUUCUCAAGUAAUGAGAAUGCAGCCAAAUUUCGAAAAGGCCAACGAGAUCUAUUUUCGCUUGGGUAUAAUUUACAAACAGCAGCAGAAAUACCAACAGAGUUUGGAAUGUUUCCGAUACAUUGUGACUGUACCACCAACUCCGUUGACGGAAGAAGAUAUCUGGUUCCAGAUUGGACAUGUUCACGAGCAACAAAAAGAUUACGAUAAUGCCAAACAUGCCUACAAGCGUGUUCUCGAUCGGGAUCCAAAACAUGCAAAGGUCCUUCAGCAGCUUGGAUGGCUGCAUCACCAACAGAGUACCAGCUUCCAAAGUCAAGAGCAGGCCAUUGAGUACUUGGAACAAUCUGUCGGUUCCGAUCAAAGUGAUGCACAGAGUUGGUACCUCCUUGGUCGGUGCUACAUGUCACAACAGAAGUAUCCCAAGGCAUACGAGGCCUAUCAGCAAGCUGUUUAUCGAGACGGACGGAAUCCGACUUUCUGGUGCUCGAUUGGCGUUUUGUACUACCAAAUUAAUCAGUACCGAGAUGCGCUUGAUGCAUAUUCCCGCGCGAUACGCCUGAACCCGUACAUCUCCGAGGUCUGGUACGACUUGGGUACACUGUAUGAAUCAUGUAACAACCAGAUCAACGACGCUCUGGAUGCUUAUCAACGUGCUGCCGAACUUGAUCCCAACAAUGUUCAUAUCAAAGCUCGUUUGCAAUUAUUGCGAAGUGGACAGGCCAGUGGGAUGACAGGUCAGGCAGCUGCUCCUUUACCACAAGAUGUACAUCCACAGGCUUAUCAAGCAUCUGGUGCUGUUGGCCCUCCUGGGCCUCAGUGGGGUAAUUCUGCGCCUCAGGCGCAAGCUCAAGUACCCCCUGCAGCUAACGCAUGGGGAAGCAGACUUGCUGAGAUUAAUCCCCCUGCUCAACCACCUAAUCCCUUCGAACAACGCCCAGCUGAUCGUGGCCCAAUCCCCCCAGCACCACGUGUACCAAGUCCUAGACAAGAUCAACAAAUGAGGCCAUACCCUGGUGCUGAUGCUCGUCAGCCACUUCCCCCUCGCCCUCGUUCCCCCCCACGAGCUCCCAUAGACAUGAGAGACCCUAGAGAUCCUAGAGAAACCAGAGACCCGAGAGACCCCAGAGACCCUAGAGAUCUAAUACAUCUAAGAGAGUACAAAGAUCCUCGUGCUGACCCUCGUGUCGCGGAAUCCCAACCUCGUGAUCCCAGAGAUCCGAGAGACCCAAGAGACCUCCGAGAUCCCCGCGAUCCGAGAGACCCCCGCGACCAUCAUCCUCUAGGUCCUUAUCCGGGACCCGGAGCGGGAGCGGGAUCAGGAUCACAGCCGCCUCCGCCUCCGCCUCCACCUCCUCCUCCUCAUGCACAACCACAAGGACCUCCUUCCCAACCACAAAGAGUUCCAAACACGAACUACGCUCCUCCACCUCCAGGUCCUGCAUCUGUGUUACCACCAGCUCAAAAUGGAAUGAAUGGUGCUGGCCCUGGCCCUUUACCCCCUUUCGGCCGUGGUAAUAGUCCUCGACCAGAAGUUCGACCAAUAAUGAGUGCAAACAUGGCAUCCCCGAAGAUUCCUUUUCCUAAUCAACCACCAUAUGCCCAUCAUUCCGAUGUCGCUGAAAGAAGUGUGAUUGAAGGAGGUGUUCCACUACCACCAUCUGCUUUAGCUGCGGCAGACGCUGCCGCAUCUAUAGAUCGCGUUGAUAAUAGACCAUCUUCUGUAGGUCCAAAGCGGAUGCGUGAAUGGGAGGACGAACCCGCGAUGAAGAAGCCUGCUUCAGAUGAAAAUCGUGCUCGGCUGGAAGACUUGCAUCACCGAAGACCUUCUACUCCACCUCGAGACCGGGAACCGUUCCGCCGAAGCACAUCGGAAGCUCGUCGUGCUGAAGAUCAAAGACGAAUUGAAGAACAACGCCUCGCCGAAGAGCAAAGACAAGCAGAUAAUCAAAGAAGAGUUGAAGACCAGCGCCGCGCAGCUGAACAACGCGCAACUGAACAACGCACAGCUGAACAGCGUCGUGCGAAUGAGAAUUAUCACCCCUCGGAAGCUGCGCAUCGUCCACCAACCCAUGGUAUGCAAGGCCAUAUUUCAGCCAUGCAACAAGAUCCGCGUCCGCUGCCUCCUCAUGCUUACGAAGUAGGUCCGCCUCCUCGGCAAGCUACUCCAAUCAAGGAGACUACAAUUGGUGAUCGUGAUCGCCAACAAAUACCAGUGCCACUUCCCCCGCCACUAGCUCAGAGAAUGGAGCACCCUCCCCCGCCUCUUGCACAAGCUGCACCAGUCAGCGAACCUGAACGGGCGGCACGAAAAAUGGAUGUAGACGAGAAUUACGAUGAUGACGGCGAGGAAGAUAAAAAAGGAGGGAUUGUUUCAGCACAAGCUUCGGGACCUCCAUCCGCAAGUGGUGAUCCAAAAACUACCAGCCCAACAGGGCUUAAUGGUCACUCUGCGAAUGGAUUACCCAACGGACAACCCAAGGUUGAGACGAAUAUCUGA